CCCAGCUAACAGCUGACUUGAUUAGUUUCUAACCAGAUAGCCAUGUCUUACAAAAAAGGAUUAGUCAGUGACAGUCAGUUCUCACUGUGCAGUGCACUUCUAGAUGUUUCCCAACAGGGGGAGUCUCAAGCUACAGAGCUGAAGAAAAAACGGCAGAUUCUACGUUCAGUGCAGGUUAAACUAUCAGAGCUGGUAAAAAGCUUUGAAGCUGUUGCCAGUAACAUAAAAGUGAAGCAGCGACAAAUCAAUAGCUUCACUAACGAAAUUGAGCGUGCAUAUAGCCAGAAUGAGAGACAGCAAAAUAACAUACAAGCUAUACUGAUGGAAAACAUGAAACUCAAACACAACAUUGAAGAACAGUUGGAAAGCUUGCACUUAGCAGUGGCUAUGUACAACACUUACUGCAAUAAAAUAAAAAGCUUCAAAAUGGCUAUACUUGCAUUGGAGAGCCAAACAGCUGUUCAAAAAGAAUUAAUGGUGAAGAGAAAUGAAGUGAAAAGACUGAAAAAGCACCAAGAGGAACUCCGGGUGGAAUUACAAAAUCCAAAUGGCAUUACUGCUCAGAAGGCUCAGAAAGAAAUUGACGAUAUAAAGACACAGAUACAUCACACUCAGGAGCUUAUUAAAGGAGAAAGGAUGCUUUUAGAAAAAGAAAGAGAGACCCACUCACAACUACAAAGGGAUAUUACGAUUCGCAACAGAAGAUGUGAGGCCAUUGUGAAAAGGCUCCGCUGUCAGUUAAACAAGGCUCAGUCCAAAUUUCAACAGCUGAAUAGUGACAUCUUCAACAUGGAGAAGGAGGUAGAACGUCUCAAGAAACUGCUAGAAUUACCUCAUGCCAAUUGUUAUUGACCCCUAUCAAAAUAAAGGCAAUAGCAGUGGGCUUUUGGAUAAUAUUUUUGUUAAUUUUCUAAAAGACUUGGUGCUGUGGAGUUAAGUAAUAAUAGACUUUUUCUGUCAGUAUGUUGUAGACCUGUUUGUGAAGCAACAAAAUGUCCAUGCAAUAAAUAAUAGA